AUGAAUUCUUAACUUCCAGUAAACAGCUUUGAUUUUAGAAGUAAAAGUUUCCAUAACAGAAACACUUUCUCCUUUUUUGAACAUCCUACUCGUAGAAAAUCCUGCUAUUGCAAUCACUGUGGCAAAAGAAGUCACUUCUAGUAACAACAUGCUAAUUUACCGACACAAAAAGAAAUUGAUUAUCAGAUUUAAGUAGACAAUCUGAGGAAACAAAGUUUAUGUGAUGAGAUUAGGACUGAAAUCCCCAGUGAAUUGAGUCUUAUGGAAAGUGAAAAUGGAAGACUUUUUAGAAACUCAAAUCGAUCGAUUUCCAUUGUCAACCAACAUAUUAAAAGAUCCAUGAACUUCGAUCAAUACAGUCUUGAAACCAACACUAAAUUAAAGAGAAGAAGCUGUGAAUGUUCAGAAUGUGGGAAUCCCACAUCCUUUUAAAGAAAACAUGAAGACUUAUCUCUACCUAAAAGAGAUAAAAAAAUGAAGCAAUUCUUAAUCAGGAAGCAUCGCAACUUGACCAAAAUUACAUCCAAAUAGUUCCAAUUAAGUUCAAAAAAAAUAAUAGUAUAAAAAUCAAUCAUUUCUUCUCCUCAAAGCCAGAAAUCAUUCUAAAUUAAAUAAUUUGAAUAAAUCAGAAGAACCCAAGAUAUAAACAAACUAGUACACAAUCGAAUAUCAACAAGAGACUUGGAAUAACCAAAACAAGUUUAGAGUAAAUAUUCUAUAAUUAAUUCUUGCAAACAAUUGGACUCUCCCCAAUUCUCUCAGAGCAAGUCCCAGAGACAAAUAUUGCAUAAACCAACCAUGUCCUUCAGCACCAUUUCUACUUCCAAGUGGAAGUCCUAUAAAAAUACCAAAGAUUUCCAAUGA